GAACCAAGCUGCCUCGGUAUUUUCCACCCCACUGGCCCCACGUGAGGGUGUGAGCAGCGGCUGCAGCUUCCCCGCUUCCGGAGCAAAGCCCCUCACCACUCCAAGGGUGGCAGAGGGAGAGGCCUGCCCAGUUCGAGAAGCUGCGCUCUGAGGCGAAGAGGCAAAAGGGAGAGGAAAAGACUGCCAAAAUGUUGUUUUAGCAGUAGAGCAUUUUCAUCCAGCUUGAAGAACACCAGGGUUCCAGAGGACCACCUAGCAAUCUGGAAGAAGAUGUUAAAAACUUUAAGCAACACCAUAGUAAUCACAGUAAUGGAUCUCUGCCAGAAAAAUGAGACUGAGUUAGAAAAUAGCGAAAAUAACGAAAUUCAAAGCACAGAAGGAACUGAAUUAAGCUACACUUGUCCAGAUGAAAAAAGCGAAAAGAAUCAUGUUUGUUGUCUUCUCAAUCUCAGUGACAUUACACUUGAACAAGAUGAAAAAGCCAAUGAAUUUCUUAUUGGAACUGGAUGGGAAGAAGCAGUUCAUGGCUGGGGAAGGACUUAUCCAACUGCCUGCAUCUGGCCCAGGAAGAAGCUUAAAAAAGCAAAGGUGGGAGGAAGUGCCAGCAGCUGCUUACUCUGUAUCAGUCUCUCCCAAGGGAGUCCUGAGACCAAGCCUCAGUCUCUGGCCACGAAGUUGGAGGAGGCAGGCUCAGGGAAGGCUCAAGGCAGCCCCUCCCAGACUCAGAGACUCCCCCAAGAUUCCCCCACUGCCGCCAGGGAGAUUAACAAGAUCUGCUUACCCUCCAACAGUCAGAGAGAGAAAAAAAGUCUGCAAAUAACGGAGUUUAUUUGGUGCAUGGAAGAGUGGGCCACCCCCAAGACUGGGGGCAAGGACCCCAGCGGAGGCCCUGACAGAGGUCACCCUAUCUCAGACGCCUUGACUUGCAAAGCCCUUUUAGUUCUGCCUCCCCUGAAGGCUUCAGUUCCAAACAGCUUGGAUGUUCUGGAUCAGAAGAGUAAGAACUUUCUCUUGCAGCCAGAAGAGAAGGUGCUGAGUGUGGGAAAGGAUGAGUAUGUGGCUUGUGCAUAUGGAUUGAAAACAGUUGACAGGAAUGAUGGAAAGAGCCCCAUUGAGCUGGCCAAGCACCUUAAGGUCAGCUGCACACAGCCUUUCCCUCCCCAGGGGGCCAGGACAUCCCUGCUGGGCAAUCCCGAGCGGCGCUGCCUGCACUGGCCCUUCCUGCCUGACACAAACCUGCUCUGCCCUCCCAACCCCAACAGUGUUCCCCGUCUCACCACGUUGCGGCUUUUGCAGAAACAGGGAAUGCAAAGCUACAAAGCCAAAUUCACAGCCAGGGAGCCAAGACCUCCCAUGAAUACCCAAAAGUGUGUUCUCAAGGAGGCCAAGCAGGAAAACCGGCCCCAGACACUGGAGAGCCAUGUGUUCCCAAGAUCUGCCCUGCCGUUCCUUACAGUGAGCAGAGUUGUUAUUCCCAUCUCCACUCACCGACUCCUCUGAGUUGCCACAAUACAAGUCCCUGUGAAUAAGCACCUUUUCAAAAUCCUUCAUCCUCUCCCCGCCCCCAUUCUCUCCUCUCCCUUCUCCCCUUCUCCGAUACUCUUCUCCCCCCUUCCCUCCCUCCCCUUGUCCUAUUUUUGUAGUAGAACCAGAGGAAAUUGAACCUCAUUGUAUGGGUUUUGAUUUAUUCUCAAAACCCCCAUAGUUAUGUGUUACCUGCUUCUGUUGCUUAGUCAUAUUUACAAAAUGCAAACUGGUAAUGCCAGUCUCAACCUCUGCCUGCCUUACAUCUCCUCUCCCACUGGAAGCCAAGUGGAUCAUGGGAAAUCUGAAGGGCCUCCGUCAGUGAUGCCCCCACGUCAGCCCCAAGCUUACUGGAAAGGGCUCUUUCUGCCCCACCCCAGUGCCUUAAGCUAAGUAUACCGGGCUUGUUUGGACUAAAUUAUUUCCCAGUCUUUUAAACCAGGCAGAUAUCUGUCUGUUGCCUCAUUUUCUGUUUCAACAAAGAUCUGAAACAUUGCUUUAAUGGAAAAAUCCAGCCUGUGUCUAAAUGAAUAUCCUUGCGUCCAAGGUGAGAAAUCCUUACAUCCAUGGAUAUACCAUAUCCAUUGUAUCCUAUGUGUUCAAAGUGACAUAUCCUUAUAUUGUAGCCUCUUGCUAGUCUGUCUGGGAAGUUUUAGCCACAGUUCCACAAAACCCAUCUUGGGAAGUGGGUUACGAAUAGUUAUUUGAAAAAAAUGACACUGUGAUUACUGUCACUCCACACGCUUCCUCCAGCCUUCCUUCGCAGCUGAUAUUUGGGAAUUCUACAACUCCAGGCAGACACUUACAGAAUGGGGCUGCUACUUUCUCCCUUCUCCUACCCCGUCUCCCCCCUCAUUUUACUUCAUUGCAUAUUUCCUGAAGUUGUAUAUAAAUUAAACAUUUGUAGAUGAGUUAUAUUUUAAAUGCCAAGUGACGAUGCUGUGUAGAGAAAUGCUCUGCAAAAAACAUUUUGUAAUAUGAAUAACCAUUUAGCUGCUCUAUAAUUACAGUUUGAACUUGCUUAAGAUAGGUUGCACUUGAACUCUGGACUGUAUUUGUAAACAUCUUUCCAUCAUUUGUCUUUGUAAUGUCUGUUAGUUCAGGUGUUUUCAUUUUGUUGGUUUGUUUUUACAAAACACCGGAAAUGCAGAAAUGAUUAUAGUACAACAGUCAUUAAAAGGUAUAAUUUGUCAAAUAUAUGGUGAUGGAAGGAGAAUUGACUCUGGGUGGUGAACACACAAUGGGAUUUAUAGAUGAUGUAAUACAGAAUUGUACACCUGAAAUCUAUGUAAUUUCACUAACAAUUGUCACCCCAAUAAAUUAAAAAAAAAAAAAGGUAUAAUUUGCCUACUUAGGAUGGACACUUCUUUACAGUCUAGAAGCAAUUUUUAGGUUCUGCCCAUACCUUCUCCCUUGAAUGAAGAAACCGUCUGGAUUCCAUCCCCCAGAGGAGGACCCCUAUUUCCCACUGUUUCUGGACAGUGGAGGUGUUGGACCAGUACUGUUUGAGGAUCCCUCUAGCUAUGGUAGCUUGCCCACCUAAGUCAGUGGUUUUUCAAGCCCCCUUUUAUAAGCAGCAGAAUAAUGAAUAAGCUCAAUAUGUGAAAUAGUCAAAAGCAUUUGAUUGGGAGGGAAGGGUAUGGACCAGCAUGAGUGAGGGGAGGGGCCCCAAUACUCAGCCUAGAUGUACUUACUUCUGAGAUCUUGAGGCAGUUUGAAAACACUAAAUUACAAAAGAAUAUUUCUUUUUUGAGAAGCACUCAUUGAGAUAGGGUUGUAAAUUCUACAGAUUUUGGGGUAAACAUAUAGUAAUAAUUUAGAAUUAAGAGGAGGCCCAGUCUGAACAAAGGAAUGACCCAAUUUA